GGUCCCUGUUACCACCGGUGCCUGGACAGCUUCCUAGGAAGGCUCUUGAAAAAUCUGAGUAGAUGGAACUGGCGAAUACUUUAAAUCAAGAGGGCAAGUCCAAAGGAGGUGUUCUAGCUCACUUAGAAAGACUACAGACUAGAUCCCGUAAAAAAUUUCAAGAGCCACAGGGAGCACAGGCAGCAGAAAGAGCUCUUGAGGGCAAGAUUGUUAAACUGAGAAGUCUGCGAGAUAAACUGAGGGCUGAAGUGAAACAUCGUCAAGCCAGAGUUGAAGCCAGUGUAGAACCUGACCAAACAUUUGAAGUCAGUGAGCAAGAAGUUUUGGAAAAAAAACAAGAAAAUGUGAAAGCCAUUCUGCAAGCAUAUUAUUUUACAGGGAUCAGUGGGAAGCUGACCAGCCGAGGAGUUUGUGUUUCCAUCAACACUGCUUUUGAGGGGAACCUGCUGGAUUCCUAUUUUGUGGACCUUGUCAUACAGAAACCACUUCGGAUACAUCACCAUUCAAUUCCAGUAUUCAUUCCCCUAGAGGAGAUAUCUGCAAAAUAUUUACAGACUAAUAUUCAGCAAUUCCUGUUCAGUCUCUGCGAAUACCUAAAUGCUUACGCUGGGAGAAAGUACCAGGCAGAUCGACUUCAGAGUGAUUUUGCAGCCUUUUUGGCUGGGCCCUUGCAGAGAAACUCUCUGUGCAACCUGUUAUCAUUUACUUACAAAGCGGAGCUGAGUGGCCAGUCCUUUAUGUUUUGUGCUAGACUGCAGUAUAAGGACAUCACAAGAACCCUUCCAACUGACGUCACUGUUACUUAUCAAGGGAUGGACGCACUGUCUGCCUCAUGGGAAGAACAGCGAGCCUCCCAUGAAAACCUAUUUUGUACAAAGCCCCUACAUCAAGUGUUUGCUUCAUUUGCAAGAAGAGAAGAAAAGUUGGAUAUGAGCCUGAUCUACUAGAAUGUUAUUUCCAUUGAGAACACAUCAAAAGAAAUGGCGUGCCACGUGCUCAGGCAACAUGUUGGUGACCAAGGCCUCAUUCCAGCGUCGCAUCUCAUAAACACGUUCUUUCUGGUCAUGGACUUCAAUCUUCCACAAGAACA